GAGUUGAUUCUCGGGAGCGGAGCGAGCAGGGCUGGGGGAGUCCGCUCACCGCAGAGGCAGCCCGGCCCCUCGCUGCAGCAGGGGCUGCCGGUGGCCAGGGGGUGCCAGCCCGCAGGGUGGCAGAGAGCGGCGGGGCAGAGCAGCCGGUGGCCGGAGGCAGAGCUUGCAGGCAGCAUGGCGGGGCUGCGCAUCAGGCGGGGCUCCGGGCUCAGGCUGCUGGCGCUGUCUGCGCUUGGAUUCUGCCUGAUGCUGCAAGUCAGUGCCAAGAGGCCCCCCAAAACGCCCCCCUGUCCACCCAGCUGCUCUUGCACCAGGGACACGGCCUUCUGCGUGGACUCUAAGGCAGUGCCCAGGAACCUGCCGGCCGAGGUCAUCUCUCUGACGCUGGUGAAUGCUGCCUUCUCGGAGAUCCAGGAUGGAGCAUUUUCCCACCUGCCGCUGCUGCAGUUCCUGUUACUCAAUUCCAACAAGUUCACGCUGAUCGGAGACAACGCCUUCACAGGACUGUCGCACCUGCAGUACCUCUUCAUUGAGAACAACGACAUCUGGGCACUAUCCAAGUUCACUUUCCGAGGACUCAAGUCUUUAACACACCUCUCGCUGGCCAACAAUAACCUGCAGACACUGCCUAGAGACAUCUUUCGGCCCCUGGACAUCCUGAGUGACUUGGACCUGCGGGGCAACUCGCUCAACUGUGAUUGCAAGGUGAAGUGGCUGGUGGAGUGGCUGGCACACACCAACACCACGGUGGCCCCCAUCUAUUGCGCCAGCCCGCCCCGCUUCCAGGAGCACAAAGUGCAGGAUUUGCCACUGCGGGAGUUCGACUGCAUCACCACAGACUUCGUGCUGUACCAGACCCUGUCCUUCCCAGCGGUGUCAGCUGAGCCCUUCUUUUACUCCAGCGACCUCUACGUGGCUCUGGCCCAGCCAGGUGCCAGCGCUUGCACUGUCCUCAAGUGGGACUAUGUUGAACGGCAGCUUCGAGAUUAUGACAGAAUCCCAGCCCCCUCGGCCGUGCACUGCAAGCCCAUGGUGGUGGACAGCCAGCUGUACGUGGUGGUGGCCCAGCUGUUUGGUGGUUCUUACAUUUACCACUGGGACCCCAACACCACGCGCUUCACCAAGCUGCAGGACAUCGACCCGCAGCGCGUGCGCAAGCCCAACGACCUGGAGGCCUUUCGCAUCGACGGUGACUGGUACUUUGCCGUGGCUGACAGCUCCAAGGCGGGUGCCACCAGCCUCUACCGCUGGCACCAGAAUGGCUUCUACUCCCACCAGGCCCUGCACGCCUGGCACCGUGAUACCGACCUGGAGUUUGUGGAUGGCGAGGGCAAGCCUCGGCUGAUCGUGUCCAGCAGCUCCCAGGCACCGGUCAUCUAUCAGUGGAGUCGCACCCAGAAGCAGUUUGUGGCCCAGGGGGAGGUGACUCAGGUGCCCGAUGCCCAGGCUGUGAAACACUUCCGUGCUGGGCGUGACAGCUACCUGUGCCUCAGCCGCUACAUCGGGGACUCCAAGAUCCUGCGCUGGGAGGGCACCCGCUUCUCGGAGGUGCAGGCCCUGCCCUCCCGCGGCUCGAUGGCCCUGCAGCCCUUCCUUGUGGGUGGCCGCCGCUACCUGGCGCUGGGCAGCGACUUCUCCUUCACCCAGAUUUACCAGUGGGACGAGGGGCGGGAGAAGUUUGUGCGGUUCCAGGAGCUGGCUGUGCAGGCCCCUCGGGCCUUCUGCUACGUGCUUGCCGGGGACGCCCAGCUGCUCCUGGCCCCCAGCUUCAAGGGACAGACGCUCGUGUACCGACACGUAGUGGUGGAUCUUAGUGCCUAGCGGGGUGCCGAGGCCUCUGGAUUGGAGGCGGAGGGGGGGCCUCUGUGUGAGCAGCGUGGGUGCCUGGCUGUGUGAAGACACAUGUCGCUAACCCCAUGCACACACACUCCUGGUGAGCGCGGGCACCACACGGACUGGCCCCGGGAGCCGAUCAUCAUCGUAAUUAGCAUGAGGACUUGUAUAUGCACCUGGCAAGCCAGUUACUGGGACCCUCCCAUCUGUGGACACCUGUGGAUCCCACACCCCACCUGCAGGCCCCGCUGGAUCUGCUGCCUUCCACAAGCUCCGGCCUGGGG